AUGAGGGCAGCUUGCGUGCGCUGCUCGGAUAUCCAUCCGCAGAUUCGAGCACCAAAGGCGCUUCUGCGCUCCCGCCGAGCUUCUCCUGCCCCAGCGACGUCGCGAGCUCCAUUACAAUGCCGCUUCCAAAGCACAAGUUGCAACCACUUUGUGGAUAGUGAACGAAUCGAACAUGCAUCGUCACCUCAACUGCUCCCUGGGGCGAAACCGUUCAAACUCGCCGUAAAGGACAAUAUCGCAACAGCCGAAUUCCCUACGCAAUGCGCCUCUCGCAUCCUCCGCGGCCACAAAUCGCCCUAUGAAGCAACCAUAGUAACGCAACUACGUGCGCGAGGCGGCACCGUCGUGGGAAAAACCAACAUGGACGAGUUUGGUAUGGGCUCGCACUCGACGAAUUCCAUGCACGGCGCCGUGAGCAGCCACCUCUCUACGGACGAGCCAAUUUCGGCCGGAGGUAGUUCCGGAGGUAGCGCUGUUGCUGUCAUGCUUGGAGAUGCCGACAUUGCGCUUGGAACGGACACUGGUGGUUCAAUUCGUCUGCCGGCGUCGUACACGGGCUCCGUCGGUUAUCGACCAAGCUAUGGCAUGAUUUCACGAUAUGGCGUGUUUGCUUAUGCCAAUUCACUCGAUACGGUGGGAAUACUGGCCAAGGAGGUGAAGCCAAUUCUGGACUUAUUGGUAGAAACCAAGCUGGACGAAGAACAUGAUCCCAACGACCCGACCUCGUUGUCUGUGGCCUCACGGCAGCGAUGCGCUAGAGGAUGCCCACCAGUGCUGGAAGACAUGCCCAAGCUCACUGUUGGCAUACCGCUAGAAUAUAAUGUUGCCGAGCUUGAUCCCUUAAUACGAAAGGGCUGGGCUGAAGCCGCGACAGCCCUGGAAUCAGUAGGCGUCAGAAUUGUGCCCGUGUCGCUCCCCUCAACUAAGGAAGCUCUUUGCGCGUACUAUGUCCUCGCUGCUGCUGAAGCUUCCUCCAACCUCGCCAAGUACGACGGUGUUCGAUACGGUGUAAGAGCAGACCAUGGAGAUGCCGAAGGCGACACGUUGUAUUCGGAAGCUCGUGGAGCCGGCUUUGGCCCCGAAGUCAAGCGCCGUAUUUUACUCGGCACCUACAGUCUGAGCUCCGAAGCAAUGGAUAACUACUUCAUCCAAGCACAAAAAGUCCGUCGCCUAAUUCGACAAGACUUUGACAAGGUCUUUAAACUAGAUAAUCCACUGUACGAACCUGCGCAGUUCGACCUCAGCGACAUGGACGCCGAAACAGCACUGCAGGACAAACAAGGUCCUCCGCAAGUAGACUUUCUAUUGUCACCGACGACGCCAUCAUUUGCGCCUACACUGAACGACGUGCUCACAAAGAGCAGCUUGGAGGCUUACAUGGGGGAUGUGUUUACUGUACCGGCCAGUUUGGCCGGGUUACCUGCCGUGAGCGUGCCGUCGAGAGUCGCAGAGAACCGACUACCGUUGGGACUACAACUAAUUGGGCAAUAUUGGGAUGAUAAGCGGGUGCUGGGGAUGGCGGAGAGAUUGAAAGCUCUGAUGGCAUAG